AUGCUCUCCAGCUUCGCAUCUCCGGACGUCGCCCCAUCUUCAGCUUCUCCAAGUGGAAAACAGAGUAGGGAUCAUGAAGAUGUGGUUUAUGAAAUACAUGGUGAGUUGUUUAGCGAUGAGAUAAUGCCAUGGAAGCAAAGCUGUCGUCGCAACGCCAUUAACCUCGCCGAAGGCUUCCCUGAUUUCCCGGCACCUCCCAAUAUCAAGGCCGCCGCCGUCUCCGCUAUCACCUCCGAUUUUAACCAAUACAGGCAUGUUCAGGGAAUAUGUGAUCUGGUUGCGGAUAAAAUGAAGCAAAUGCAUGGCUUAGAUGUUGAUCCCGUAACAGAUAUUGCCAUUUGCUGUGGUCAGACCGAGGCUUUCGCUGCCACAAUGUUUGCAAUACUUAACCCUGGGGAUGAAGUAAUACUUUUUGAUCCCUGUUUUGAAACGUAUGAAACAUGUAUUUUAAUGGCUGGAGGAGUCCCUGUGUAUGUAGCCCUGGAGCCACCUUAUUGGAGAGUUGACGAGGUCAAACUUUCAGAUGCUUUUACUGCAAAGACAAAAGCUCUGGUACUGAAUAGUCCUCACAACCCAACUGGAAAAGUUUUUAACAUGGAAGAGCUACAGAUGAUUGCUGGAUAUUGCAUAACAAAGGAUUGCAUAGCCGUUACAGAUGAAGUGUAUGAACAUAUAACAUAUGAGAAUGAAAAACCUCAUAUAAGCCUGGCCUCACUACCAGAAAUGCAAACCAGAAGCAUCAUCACGUCUUCCUUGUCCAAAACAUAUAGUGUCACUGGGUGGAGGGUGGGGUGGGCCAUAGGUCCAUCCUGCAUUGCGUUUGCAAUCAGAAACAUUCAUGCGAAAAUUACAGAUUCAGCCCCUGCGCCAUUUCAGGAAGCUGCGUUGACUGCAUUAAAAAGUCCACCAGAGUACUAUAAAUCACUGAGAAAAGAUUAUGAAGGAAAAAGAGAUUUUGUGUUGAAGUUGCUUGGAGAUGUGGGGUUUCAGGUUGAAUUUAUGCCAAUGGGUUCGUUUUUCAUAUUUGCAGCGCUUCCGGAUACUUGCAAACUUAUGGACGUUGAAUUUGUGGAGGAAUUAAUAAAAGAAGCUGGAGUUGUGGCUGUUCCUGGAUGCGGGUUUUUCCAUACAGAUUAA